GUUGCUACCACGGUGGCUUGCGUGCCCGCCGACCCCCAUCAUCCCUUUCAUCUCGUCCCCCGCCGCCGCCGCCGGGGGCCAUGCAGCUGCACGCGCGCCGGCGGCACGCCGUGGCGCGGUGCCGCCUGCUGAUCGCCGCCGCGGCCGUCGCCAUGUCGCUCGCCGCGGUCCUCUGCUUCAGCCGCGUCGACCCCGCCGGCCUGCUCGUCGCGCCCGCCCGCGCGCUGCAGCUCGUCCCGGCGCGCAGGCUGCACGUCCGCCUCGGCGCCGUCAAAGGGACUGCUGCCACUGCCGCUGGACGGAAGUCCCGGUCCCCGCCGUUGGAGACUGAGGCCGUGCUGAUGCCCGACUGGGAGGUGCUCGUCCUGCUCCGUCCCGGCGCCGCAGACGACACUGGGGGGAACGCGACGUGCGCGUUCGGCCGCGGGGCGUCGUCGCCCGCGCGCGCGCUCGGGAGAUUGCCGGCGUCCGGGCGUCACGCGUACCUCUGCGUCGUGCCCGGGCCGGCGCGCAGGCAGAGGCGGCUCCGCGCACCGCGGCUCGUGAUCGCCUCCUCCUCAUCGGCUUCGAUGGUUAGUACCGCCACCGGCGGUGGCAAAUCGCACGAGAUUCUGAGGUGGAGCGGCCGGCUGGUGUACGAGUCCGCGGUGGUCACCGGCGGCGACGUGCUCGUCUUCGCAAAGGGGGUCAACCCGCGGCAGGGCGUGAACCGUGCGGCCUCCGACAUCCGGUGCGUGUACUACCGCCGCGCAGGCCCCGGUGGCGAUGACGGUGUCGUGGCCACGCUCCCCGCGGCCACCUCGGCGCAGCAGGUGUUCCGGUGCCCGCCUCCGCCGUCGGCCGCCGCAUCCCACGAGCUCCGCGUCACGCUCACCGUCGCCGGGGAAGACCCCCUCCCUUCCCUGGCCGUCUACACCCCGCCGCGCUCUGGAUCGUCAUCGACGCCGGCGCCGGAGAAGAAGCUGAUCUGCGCUUGCACCAUGGUGCGCGACGUGGCCAAGUUCCUGCCGGAGUGGGUGGUGUACCACGCGGCCGUGGGCGUGGACCGCUUCUACCUCUACGACAACGGGAGCGAGGACGACCUGGAAGACCAGGUCCACCGCCUCAACUCAGCCGGGUACAACAUCUCCACCGUGACAUGGCCGUGGGCCAAGGCCCAGGAGGCCGGAUUCUCCCACGGCGCCGGCGUGCUCCGCGACUCCUGCGAGUGGAUGGCAUUCGUCGACGUCGACGAGUUCAUCUUCUCCCCAACAUGGAACCAAUCCAAGGCCCCGACGGAAUCCAUGCUCCGGUCGAUCGUAUCGACGGCCAAACCGGACGUGGGCCGGGUGUCCCUAAGGUGCGCUGACUUCGGGCCCUCGGGCCAGACCUCGAACCCAAAGGAAGGGGUCACCCAAGGCUACACGUGCCGGAGGCGCGCCGAGGAGCGGCACAAGUCGUUGCUCCGGCUCGACGCGGUGGACGACUCGUUGCUCAACUCGAUCCAUCACUUCACCCUUCGGCCCGGGUUUCGGGUCGAGUGGAGCAAACGGGUCCGUGUGAACCACUACAAGUACCAAGCUUGGGAGGAGUUCAAGGUCAAGUUCAGGCGUCGGGUGUCGACGUACGUGGCGGACUGGACCGACCCGGUGAACAUCCAAUCCAAGGACCGGACCCCCGGCCUAGGUUUUGAGGCGGUCGAACCGGUCGGUUGGACGCACAAGUUUUGCGAGGUGAACGACACCCUCCUCCACGACGCCACCCGGAGAUGGUUCGGGGUCGGGUUUGGGAACAAUCUCAACCUCACACAAGCUCAUCAUCGUAGCUGAUGCGUUGCAGUGUAGUACAAAAACAAGAAGAUUAGGAUACAGCAACACUGAUUCUUACUUGUAUAAACAUUGUUGGGUUAGGAACUAUAGGACUACACGGUCCCUUUUCUUGUACAAAAAAGGUUGCUUGGUUUUGAACAUAUAUAGUAUAUUCUGAUGAUGGAUA